AUGACCGACAAACUCGAGAGCAAGCCCCCAUCCUCCCAAUACUAUCUCCUCUCCUACCCAGCUCCACACGUGCUCUUAGUCACCAUCAACCGCGAAAAACAUCGCAAUGCACUCAAUUAUGACGCCCAUUGGGACGCCGAAGCCAUAUUCCGUUGGUUCGACAAGGAGCCUUCCCUCCGCGUAGCCGUUAUCACUGGCAAGGGCGCCAAAGCGUUUUGUGCCGGCCAGGACUUGAUUGAGCAGCGCAACAGGACUUCGGACGAGAAGCCGCGCCAGCAGGGACUUGCCCAUCCACCCGGCGGAUUUGCGGGACUGAGUCGAAGGCGAGGCAAGAAACCGGUUGUGGCUGCUGUAAAUGGGUAUGCGUUGGGUGGAGGGUUUGAGAUUUGCUUAAAUUGUGACAUGGUUGUCGCCUCACCAACUGCAACAUUCGGCCUCCCUGAAGCUCAAGUCGGUCUGUACGCUGCAGCAGGUGGCUUGGCGCGUAUCACUCGCAUUGCCGGGCUGCAAAUAGCUUCAGAAGUAGCAAUGGCAAACCGGAAACUCACAGCCGAAGAAGCACAGCGCUAUCUCCUCGCCAAUAAGAUCAGUAAGACGCCCGAGUCUGUGGUUGACGAAGCGGUUGAGCUUGCCCGCAAGAUAUCGAAUCUGUCACCUGACGCGAUUAUUGUUACUCGCCAUGGUAUCAGAGAAGCGUGGGAGACGCCGAGUGUUGAGGGCGCCACGAUCCGCACGCAGCAGGAGUAUAUGGAGAAGCUUACGGAGGGGGAGAACUUUGGUAUUGGUGUGCAUGCGUUUGCUAAUAAGACGAAGCCAAAGUGGGUGCCGUCAAAACUAUGA